AUGGCUCUUCCGGCGGAUCUUGCAGCGCGCUCAGCGCUGUCAAGGAUCUGCACGCGUUGCUCCAUCUCGCUCAGGAGAGAGGGCUUGAUUUCCAAUGGGUCCUCCCUCGCUUUCCAACUGCAACGACGCAAACUGGGCUCCCGAACAAAACAAGUCCGACAUGACCAGCAACACAUUCCAAGCCUUGCCGCGAGACACUUUUCGUCCAGUGUUGUCCGGGCUGGGUUCCGUCCGAGCAACUCUCUCCAGAACGAGUCAAAACGAGUUCUAGCCCCAGACGAUCUGUUCCAUUCCUUCACCAACUCUCCGAUCCCCGAGAUCCGGCGGCGCGCUGCCCUCAUGAGACAGCAUGCUCCGUGUCCACACCCCGAUCACCGGCCUGGCGGGCCCAUGGCCCCAGCUCAUGUCGACUUUGAAUGUCCGGACUGUGGCAUCCCCGUGUAUUGCAGCAAGGAGCAUUGGGCAGACGAUUACGAGGCGCAUCUGGAGAUCUGCGACACCCUGCGGCAAAUCAACGAGGACGACCACGACCUCCGGUCAGGUCGCUUCUUCCCCGAGUUCGAGUAUGCCGGGCCGCAGCUGGAGGAGGCAAUGGUCAACAUGUCCAAUUGGGACACCUUCUUGUAUACGCGCGAGUUCAAUGCCAUUAAUGCCGAUCGCAGCAUGAGGCAAGUGACGCGGCUUCUGACGUACCCCAUCACCAUCGGCAGCGUCCUCCAUGAGCUCAGUCCGUAUAACAUCAAGGCUGGUGGGAGGCUUACAGCCGAGGGACUAAAAAGCUUCAGCGCGCUCCGUUAUACCCUCCAUCCUCCAAAAAGAGGCGUAGGUACGGAUAUCAAGAGCCUCCGGGUAUCACCACCACCUGUGCGCGUGUUCGUUCUUGGUGCGCGGGCUGAAUCAUCGCUUCCCCGAGACGCGUGGAUUCAGUUGGCCCAUCUCUUCCCCAGAGCGAAGAUUCACCUUAUCCUUAUCGGCCCCGAGGCCAUGGUCAACAGAGACAACGAGUUUCCCCUGCCGCCGCGCACUCCCCAGAAUCCGUUUGGCGCCAUUGUAGAGGACCGCGUGUGGCAUACGAUGAAGAUCAGCACCAUUGUCGACUAUUAUCACACCAUCCACAAGACGGGGUACUUUUACCCCUAUGACCCAUACUUUGACUGCUUCGUUCUGUUCCACCCGGGGCUGGGUCACCCGGCCAGCUCACACGAGUGGGAGGAGACGCUUCCUAUGCUUCUCGAGACCAAAGUGCCCAUUCUCGCGACGGGCUACACCCAGACCGACAUGGAGCGCGACGUUGAAUGGGUCCGCAAGACGACAGGCGGAGAAUUUGAUAUGCUGCUUGAACCAGGCGAGAACAUAUUCCGCAGCCUCCGGUGGGAUUUGUACGAUAUGGACCCCCAGGACAUCAGCGCUGGCAACUGGGGCCUCUGGGCGUUCCGAGGCAAGAGGUACGAGGCCACUCAUAAAUCAUCCGAAUAG